AUGAGCCAUGAUGACACUGAAAGCUCUCAGGAGCCAAGGCCGCAAUACGCCGGAGCCAGAGCAGUACUACAUACAGACGGCACUGUUAACUAUGUCGAUGAACAUGCCAUCGGGGGAGAUAUGCAAGACAUGCCCAAGGGCUACUUCAGGAGCCUGCCCUUUCUCGGCACAGUCCUGGCACAAUGUCUAGGAUCCAUCGUGGCCUACCUGGGCUGGGUUCUGCCCUCCAAUACCCUCACCCUGAUCAACGCCGAGCUGGGCAAUUCCCCCAAUAUCAACUGGGUUGCCACCGUCUGGACCCUUUCCAGCUGCGUCGGGUUUCUGCUCAUCGGCCGGUUGUCUGAUAUAUUUGGUCGAAAGUGGAUUGUGCAAGGGUCCAUGAUACUGUCUAUUGUUGGCUGCAUAAUAGGGGCACGGGCUACAUACGUUGAGAUGUUGAUUGUUGCCAAUAUCUUCAAUGGCCUCUCGGCUGCUGGUCAGUUGUCCUUUGGUAUCAUCCUGGGAGAGCUCGUGCCCAACAAGUACCGCGGCGUGAUAGUCACGAUCGUCUUCAUGUCUUCUCUCCCCUUUGCUGUCUUUGGCCCUGUUAUCGCCAGGCUGUUGAUCCAGAACACCAGUCAAGGCUGGCGAUGGAGCUACUAUAUCGGCCUCAUUCUUGCGGUCAUUGCGACUGUGCUCUAUCAUUUUCUUUAUCAUCCACCGAGAUACGCUCAGCUGCAUGUAGAAGGAAAGACAAAGUGGGAGAUGUUCAAGGAGCUCGACUUUAUCGGCAUUUUUCUCUUCAUCGCUGGAUGUGUUCUUUUCCUUAUUGGGCUCUCCUGGGGAGGCACCACUUACCCCUGGACCAGUGCGGCGACUCUCUGUACUCUGCUCAUUGGAAUAGCAUGUCUGGUAGUAUUUGUGCUGUAUGAGGGCUUCGUCUGCAAGACACGACCAUUCAUGCCCCCGAGGCUGUUCAAGAACAUCGGAUUCACUGCUAUUGUGACUGAUGCAGCUGUCGGGGCUAUGGUAUAUUACUCAUUCACGGUCCUGUGGCCGACUCUCAUUCAGGGAAUAUAUACCACGGAUUCCAUCAAGAUAGGUCUGCAGAGCUCGGUCGUCGGUGGUGGCGUCCUUAUGGGCCAGCUACUGGGAGGAAUGGCCCUCGGAUUUGUCCCUCGUGUCAAAUAUCAAUGCAUCAUUGCGUCUCUUCUGGCAUUCGCAUUCAUCACUCCGCUCAGUGCGUUGGGUCCAGAUACCUGGUCCAUGACUAUCGCUCUGGGUACGCUUGGUUGCAUUUCUGUCGGAUACGUCGACAACAUUACAUUCCCAGCAGUGACGCUUGUGAUCGAGCCUCAGGAUAUCGGCCUUGCCACUGGGGUUCUGGGCUCUCUCCGCGCCCUCGGAGGAGCUGUUGCGCAAGCUGUGUACGUGUCCGUCUUGAACAACGAACUGAACAAGAACAUGCCCAAGUACGUCGGUGCAGCAGCCACCGCAGCCGGUCUACCGGACUCGUCACUGCCUGCCCUCCUGGCGGCCUUGACUGCAGGAACAGGCGUGGAGGCUGUCCCAGGUGCCACCGAUAGUGUCGUUGCAGACGCCACUGCAGCACUCAAGAUCGCUUACUCGCAGAGCUUUCGGAUUGUCUUCUACUGUACUAUCCCAUUCAGUGUUUUGUUAAUCAUAUCCAGCUGCUUUAUACCUGAUAUGAAGAACUUCCUCCACUACGAUGUCGCCAAGCGGCUUCAGGGCAAGACAGGGGCUGAAUCGGACAGCAAGCCAGAGGUUGAAAUGGUCGAGAAUAUAGACCGACGGGCUUGA